GAUGCCAGGCUCACGCUAAGGCUCGAGAUCUUGGCCGAUGCCUGGGCUCCAGGAAAGAUCCAGGAUGAACAGCGGGCAAUAGGAAGCUCUCGCUCCUCUUGCCCACCGGGUUGGGUCGCACGUAACCUAACAGACUUCUCAGGACUAGCUUGCCAUCGGCACCGCCACACCGGUCUAAUAUGGCCGCUAGUGCUGGGACAGGACUCGGCGCGUAAAGAGCAUGGACUAAGGUCCGGAGCCGGAGACCGCUCCCGGCAUUCCUCGCGGGUGUAGCGUGGGCACCCUUCCCCCACUUCCGGGUCCCGGGAGAAGGAGACCCUGGGGUCUUGAAGAGUGUCUCGAGGUUCCGCUGUUUGGUGCUAGGCGAAGAAUGGCAGAUCAUCCUGGGCAGUGAAUCACUGGCCUUGGGUAGCAAGGUGUAGCGAGAAGAUAGGUCAUCAGCACCACGGCCUGUUUUCUAGGGAGCCUUUUGGGUUAUCAGUAGUAGGAUUUAACUGGAGACUUGUCACCAUUGUUGCAGCUCGCAGAGACCUCGAAGUAGAGCCUUGUGUCACUGGAGCAGAGCUCUGGGACAGUGUAUAUGCAUCUUAAACUCAUCCAGGACUAGUGGGUCUUUGCUGACUUUGAGCCCGCAGUGAAUACCUCGCAAACAGGGUUGCAGGUUAAUAUGGCCCAGGGCUUGAUUGAAGUGGAGCGAAAGUUCGCUCCAGGGCCUGACACGGAGGAAAGGCUGCAGGAGUUGGGGGCCACCCUGGAGCACCGGGUCACCUUCCGAGACACAUACUAUGAUACCUCUGAGUUAAGCCUUAUGCUGUCUGACCACUGGCUGCGACAACGAGAAGGCAGUGGAUGGGAGCUCAAAUGUCCUGGAGUAACAGGUGUCUCAGGACCUCACAAUGAGUAUGUGGAAGUCACGUCAGAAGCUGCGAUUGUGGCCCGGCUCUUUGAACUGCUCGGGUCUGGGGAGCAGGAGACUGCAGGCGUGGCUGCUGUCCUAGGCCCGCUGAAGCUGCAGGAUGUAGCUAGUUUUAUAACUAAGCGAAGCUCCUGGAAGCUGGCCUUAUCUGGAGCCCAUGGCCAGGAGCCUCUGCUCACAGUGGACUUGGAUUCAACGGACUUCGGCUAUGCUGUGGGUGAGGUAGAGGCCAUGGUGCAUGAGAAGGCUGAAGUACCGACUGCCCUAGAGAAGAUCAUCAGCGUCAGUAGCAUGCUUGGAGUGCCAGCACAGGAGAAGGCACCCGCAAAGCUCAUGGUAUACCUACAGCGCUUCAGACCUCUGGAAUAUCAGCGCCUGCUAGAAGCAGGCAGUUCCAGUGAGGCCACAGGGGACUCAGCAUCCUGACAACAGUGUUCACCUUCUAAAAGGGAAGGUAACUCUAAAGCCACAUCCGGACCCACGGUGCCCCUUUCCCUUACCACGGAGCCACUUUCCCCUCCAGCUCUGCCUGGUCUUUCGCCCACUCUGAGCUAUCCUUCCUGGAGCCCUCCCUGGCUGCUUCCCUCAUCCGUCAGAUGCAAUCUGUGGGCCGCCCCUCUCCCCUGGCCGCUAAGCAGCCUCCAUUGAUUUCCGCUCGUGUUUAUAGGAUUUCCACUUAGCCGUGAUCAGUAGUUAAGCACAGGAAAAUCCCUUGCCACCCCCCCUCCCUUGGUCGAUGCCAUUGAUUCUGCCAGAGGCUCUGAAGCCGCCUUACAGCUGAGUUAGAGAUGAGGGGAAACAGCAGGGAUUUCCCUGCCCUGGGGUGUAGGGAAGAGUAAGAAGGUGGGGAAAAGGUUAGGAACUCCUUAAGGGAUCUAGAAAUUCCAGGCCUGCAGCUGCGCCUGGAGGGUAGAGUGCCCUGUGUGGCAGUUUAGAGAUAACAUUUGCUCUCCAACCCAGAGAGGGGUAGAAAGAAAAUGGUCAUGGUUGAGACAGGUUCCUAGGGUUCCAGGAAGUCAUACUUCCUGUGGAGAAGGCUCCACCCUUGCUCUCACACAUUUUUUUUUUUUUCUCAAUUAGGUCAAAACAGGCCUUUCUUCCCUCCUCAUGCUUCAUAGACUUUAUUUGUUGGAGAGGAGGCAGGCUCUCUACAUUGCCAAGACAAAUAUAGGGUCUGAGUGCCACCUGCUGGUGGCCCUCAGGGCUGUGUGCCAAGCUGAGGGUGCAGAAAGAUUUCAGAGGAGCCGAGGCAGAUAUGAGGCAGGCGAGCUUAGGGAACAGCUUUGCAGCCUGGCACUCCGCUUGGUUUGAGCUAUGCAUGCCUCUCAUCUCACUGCCACUUGGCAUCCUAGGGCCCUCAGCUGCAGACACCGUGCACACACAUUCUUCUCUAACAGUGCAGCCAGGACCCCGCCUAUAUCGAGUAGCACUUAGAGCCCACUUCAGACAGUAAGUAAAUCUCUCUUUCCCCAACCGCCAUCAGAACUCCCCUUCUGUGGACCGUUUUAUUCAAACACUUUAAAACAUCCCCCAAAGUAGGGAGCUGAUUAGGCCUAGGUGGGUUUCGGGUGCAAGCACAGUAAGGUAACCGUGCUCUUUGGAGGACCUUUUAAGGAGAACUUCCCUAGUGACCGUCCUAUGCCUAUGCCAAAUGAGUUAGCUUAUGCUUAAAAUCAGCUGCAUCAUGGGGAGGGUCCCGCACAGAAGAGGAAAGGCUUACAGAAUCCAAGCCUGUCAAUGAAAACAGAGAAUCACUCAAAUUAUGCCACUCUGCAGCUAACACCUCCGUUCCCUGAGACUUUAUUAAAGGAACACCGGGCAGCUACCCUGGGCCCUUAAGUCUGUGGUCAUCACCCGUUUACAUAGCCUUUCUAAUUUGUACACUCACUUUGCUUUUAAAUAAAGUUUCCUUGUUACUUUGCAAUUUAUGUGGGUCUUUG